CCCGGGUGUACGACGGCCCUCGGAUGUUCUAGGAUCUAGGAGGAGCUCCAGCUGAUCUAUGAUACAAGUCUCUUGUUUCGGACACUACAACAUCACGCCGAUAGGAAUGAAGACAGAGCAGCGGAUGUGCGCCGCGUGCUCAGAGCCCAUCACAGACAAGUACCUUCUUCAGGUCAAUGGAAGGUCCUGGCACGCUCACUGUCUGCGCUGCUGCGUCUGUCAGCUGGCUCUAGAUCGUCAGCCCUCCUGCUUUAUCAAGGACGACUCUGUCUACUGCAAGGCGGAUUAUGCCAAAAGUUUCGGUGCCAAGUGCUCCAAGUGCUGCCGCAGCAUCUCUGCCAACGACUGGGUACGGAAGGCACGCGACCAUGUCUACCACUUGGCGUGCUUCGCGUGCGACGCGUGCAAGCGACAACUCAGCACGGGCGAGGAGUUCGCACUACAUGACGACAGAGUGCUCUGCAAAGCGCACUACCUGGAGACCAUCGACGGCACCACCACAUCGUCUGACGAAGGUGGAGACUCGGAGAGCUAUCACAGCAAGAGCAAAGCCAAGCGAGUGCGAACAACCUUCACAGAAGAGCAGCUGCAGGUGCUUCAAGCCAACUUCCAGUUAGACUCCAACCCAGAUGGUCAGGAUCUGGAGCGCAUAGCACAGAUCACCGGCCUCAGCAAGCGAGUCACCCAGGUUUGGUUCCAGAACUCUCGGGCGCGACAGAAGAAACAUCUGAACACCGGCAAGAUGAAGUCAUCUCACUGUCAUGGAGCUGGGAUGGGUGGAGGCAGAGAGCUAGAGCCUGGUCAGUUUGGUCGACAUAUCAAUCUACACCUCACGUACUCACUGCAGCAACAGUCUAAAGUAUCGCACAUCUACUCAUCUCACCUUCCAAUGUCUGAACCUUCGUCUCUGGAUGAGUUGUCUCAAGACUCCAUGCUCAUGUGUACCUUGCGAGGAGAGGGGGUAUGAGAAGACGCAAGGACGGGGGAUCCCGAAAACGACCUGCCCCCGUCCUUCAAGCACUCUCCUUCAUAACCUCCUGGACAUAAACUUGCAAUGUCUUCAGAUUUUUUUUUUUUUUUGGGAGGCAUGAAAAAUUGUUGUUAAAAAGCAUUGCGAGAAGUCAAAUUGCUUUGUUUAACAAUUGUCAAGGUCACAAAAUAAUAUAAUACCUAUGCAUUUUUUUUUAUUUGUCAUUGAAAUGUUCAGCAGUCAAUUAGAAGGUGUUGAGAUUUACUAAACCUUAGGAGACAUGAGAAAUUAAACAUUGUUAACCCUUCAAGUGCCACGUAACGAUAUAUCGUUUUGCACAACACUUCUGAAAAAUACUUCACAACGAUAUAUUGUCGUCGGUAGUCUUACCAAAAAAUAUAUACCGAAAAAUACCGAAAACAUUGCAACAAUAUAUCGGGCCGGCGCAACUUUUGAUCAUGUGAGUUUUAAUGAGCAUGUCGGUUGAAUUGGUUGUUAUUAUAAAACAACGAUGAUUUCAAUCGGUUUCUCAUACGAUCGAGGCACGAUAUAUCGUUCCAUUGCACUUUUGGGAUGAAAAUUUAUACUUUUACCGAUUUUUAUUCUUGCGCACUACGCUUCGCCCCCGCGGCAAGCCUGGCACUUUUCAGAUAUACCUAGUAAAAAAAACUUUGGCACUUUUCGGAAAGUACCAAAAUAAAUCUCUGGCACCCAAAGGGUUAAAUAGCAUUGACAAGUCGAUAUGCUUUGUUUUCAAUUAAGGUAAAAC